AUGUGGUACCCUCAGCCAGACAAUGUCGUGACCGUCAAGGCCUCACUCCCGACUCUUCCACUCCCGCCACAUGACGCACGGUCCCCGUUGACAACAGACCGACUGCUCAUUCGACCCCUUGCAGCAAGCGAUGCCGAAGCACUAUAUGUCCUACGAACCCAAGAAGAAGUCAUGAGAUGGACCUCAAAAGGCGAGAUCGACCCCAACAUCGAAGCCACCCGGGAAAAGCUCAAUCACUUUCUCCCGCCCAACGACGCCAAGACAUUCAACUGUGCAAUCUGCCUCAAGGACAGCGGAAAACUGAUCGGAAUGGGCGGCUGCCAUCUGUACCCCGCAGAACAUGGCUGGCCGGAAUUGGGGUAUAUUUUCCGGAAGGAAUUCUGGGGUAAGGGGAUUGCGACGGAGUUUGUGAGUGCUUGGUUACGGGCUUGGGAGGAGUUGCCUAGGUCGGAGCGGGAGGUGAAUGUCCAGAAAAACAUGGUGAAUGGGGAGGGGGCGGUGCAGGAGCAUCUCAUUGCUAUUACGGAGUUGGCCAAUUUGGGGAGUCAGGGUGUUUUGUUGAAGGCUGGGUUUGAGCGGUUUCGGGAGUAUGAGGAGAAGGACGUUUCUGAUCCUAAUAAAAUGGUUCAGCUUGUGGCGUUCCGUUAUUUUCCUGUGAGCAGGAAUAAUUGA